GGCUGCAGUUACGGCAGCCGGCACGGGGGUGGAUCACACGCGUAUGUAUAAAGGAGCCGGCUACCUCGCUGCUGCUGGCGAGAAGCGAGCGGCACAGCCAAGGGUGACACUUCAAAGUUGACCGGGGCCGGCACCGCCUUCGCGCCGAUCGCAUCAGGGCUACGCCAGCGACAAUGAUGAUGAUGACGAUGACCACCGUCAUGGCGAUAGCAAUGUCGACGACGAUGACGAUAACGCUGGUGGUGAUGACGGGGGCGUUAGCGGCGUCGACGGUGUCGGCAGACGGCGCGAAGAUGCCUUCUCCAUCCCAGCCGUGCGGGCUGUGUCCCCCGGGCCACCACGUUUCGUUGCCGUGCUCCACGAAGGCCAGCGAGGAGCAGCAGGGGCAGCAGCUCCUCCUGGAGGACGCGGACGACGUGGAGGCACGUUGCACGCCGUGCCCGCCGCGCCACUACACGCAGUUCUCAAACUCCCUGGACCGGUGUCGCUACUGCGGUCCGCCGUGCAAAGAAGGGCAGCGGCUCGCGAAGGAAUGCAGCCCCACGCACGACCGCGUGUGCGAGUGCGAGCCGGGCACCUUCCUGCUCAACGAGUUCUGCGUGCGGCACAGCAGCUGCGCGGCGGGGCACGGCGUCGUCACCAAAGGAUCCCCGCACGAAGACACGCACUGCGCCCCGUGUCCUCGGGGAUUCUUCUCCCCCGAGGCAUCGGCGGAUGCCACGUGCCGCCCGCACACCGACUGCUCCAGUCUGGGCUCCGCGGAGCUGCUGCCCGGGGCCUCCACGCACGACGCGCUCUGCUGGUCCUGCCGCCAGCGACGGGCGUCCGCGCGGAGUCGCGAGCAUGGGGACACGAGGCCGGCAGGGGACGAUGGUGCCGAGCCUCCAUCGUCGUCGCUUAAUCUGCCGCCCCAGCCGGAGGGCCCAUGCAACGCCGCGACCCUACAAUUCGUGGACAGUGUUCGUCACCUGGUUCCGCCGUGCCUGGCCCGCCACAAGCCAGAGGUGACCGCCUACAUCCGGAAGCUUCUGCUCAGUACCGUAGAUAAUGUGGGCAAGCAGCGACACGGGCGCAGGAAGCAAGGCGGGAAGACGAAGCAGGGGAGCAGGAUGGAGAAGCACGUGAAGAAGCUGCUGCUCCGGGUUUGCGCAAGAAGAACAUCGCAAGGAGGGUCGGUGAGAAUACACGGUUCAUCGUUACGAAGAAAAACGGCGGACUGAACGUGGUCGAACAAGAUGGGAAGGGCCUUUUAAAUGGUCAUGUAGUCAAAAACAAGUUUGAGCAGGUCUUCCACUGAAAGGGGCUCAGGGCUCAGAAACAUUGAUAUAGCAACCAAAGAGAUGUUGCAGUUAAAUCCAUGUUGUCAGCUGCCCAACCAUGAUAAAAUUGGGUUCUUAAGUUCAGCGAGUUGAUGGUCCUGGCCCAGUUUCCAAUGACUGCACAAACAUUGCCAUCUUAAAGUUGAUUUGUUGAAUAAUUCUGGGUCUCUCAGAAUAAAAAAAAAAGUGGUUUGAUCGCCAUGCGUGUAGUGAAGCUGUGGCUCCUGGCGGUAGUUCCGCAUAACGUGCUUCUGUGCUCUGUUCUCCGACAAGCUGGGAAUGGACACUUCAUCCCAUGACAUGACGCCAGUAGGGCAAACUGCACAAAAACAAUUUUGGGAAAGAGAUGACAGCUUUAUAAGCUGUAGCCGGAGUUUUUCAAGGCCGUCGAUUGAAGCCCUCUAAAUUAUCCAAUAUAGAACACUCAUCGCAUGAAUUAAAUCAACUGGAGAGGGCUUAAUAAUUUCACGACGAGUGGUGACGAUGAGGUAUGAUUCAUUUAAUUACAUUCCGUAAAUUGAGGCAUAGCUUGUAACAGAGGACACCCAUUAAGGUUACCGCAUGCCACAAACUGCUUUGGGGACACCAUAACAGUGAAUAACUUUAAUAAACCGACAUUAUUAACAAACACUUCCUCACGACUGAAACCUUAAUCGCUGAACAUUUCAGACAAUUUGCCCUGCUAUAAGGUGCAGAAGAGUGCAGGUGUAGCUACGAACAGCGACCACCGUGCCAUCUAAAAUGUUACAAAAAUCCCCGAUUUGAAGAAGCUUCGUCGAUGACAAGGAUGUGAUUCACGUGAAGAGAGAAUGGAAAUAUGUCAGCAGUAUUCACAAGUCUCUCCUACUACCAGGGCUCUCGAUGUUUUCCAGAAUGUUACUGUGCUGGCUUGGAGUUAGGAAUUAUUAGCAGAAGGCAUUGCAACUCGAGCGUGUGAUAUACCUAUUAUAAUAAUCCAUGUUGUUGUAUAGGCCAAUCAGUUUCAAGGGCAAUGCAUACAUUACCGAAGUAUAUUUGUUUGAACGGUUUACCGCAAGUAUGUGUGGUUAACGCAGACUGGAUGCCUUGUAAUCGGUGUCCAUUUGGUGUUUGAACCUCUUAACACCUCCCGUCAUAUUGGCAGAAAGGGUAAUUCCUUUUUUAUUAUUCCAUCACUAUGUUUAUUGCACCCUAUGUACUUAUAAUCAAUCCAAUGAGAGCUUUAUACAAAAAAAAUAUGGACAAAAUAAGGACCAAAUUAGGAUACGGUUUGUCAAAACGGUUCCCAAAAGAGUGUUGAUGUGAACAAAAAUAACGACAAAAUUGCGUUGCUAAGAUUUUUAGAGAAACAUUUCUGGAGCAGAGCGUAAUGUACCGCUAAUGUCAAAUAUACUGGGGGACUGGUUAAUGCAGUCCCUCCACAUUUUUGUUGACGCCACAGUAUUUUUAUAGUAAGAGUAUUUUCAAACUUUACAUCACGGUGCCCUGUACAAGAGCUGCGUGUGCACACGCGUCACAUGACGUGUGCAUGCAUGACUUUUUUUGGAAUGUAAAAUAUGUAUUUUUGUAAUUGUCACGGAUGGUUAUGUGUUGACUGUUGAAACAUAUAAAUAAAAGUUGCAUAAAACGGA